AUGUCUACACAUCGGUUGCAACGUUGGGCAAUAACAUUGAUGUCUUAUCAGUUUGAGAUACAGUUUCGUAGAACUGCCGAUCACUCAAAUGCCGAUGCCUUAUCACGCCUGCCUUGUGGACCAGAUCCUGAGUUCGACAGGUUGGAGCAUUGUUAUCAAAUAGAAAAUUAUGACACACUUAUCAACGUCGGAUUGCUACAACAGCACUACAAAGACGAUUACAUACUAAAACGUGUAAAAAAUUUAAUUUCGGAAGGGUGGCGGACAAAAUUAGCCGAUGGCGACAUGGAUUUGCUUCCUUAUUUUCGUCGUAAGUAUGCUCUUUUCAUUCGAGAUGAUUUGAUUUAUUUACAGACAGAUGCUACUCGAGUCAUUGUACCUCAAUCCUUGCAUCAGUCAGUUUUAAAGCUUCUCCAUGACGGCCAUUGGGGCAUCGUUAAGAUGAAGCAACUCGCUAGGCAACACUGCUGGUGGCCUAAUAUUGACAACGACAUCGAAAAACUUGCUUCACAAUGCAGUGUUUGUCAAAUUGCGGGUUCAAGUCCGAAACAAAAAUACCACGAGUGGCCAAAGCCAGAACGACCAUGGCAACGAGUACACAUAGAUUUUGCUGGCCCAGUGUUCCAGUCUAUGUGGCUAAUAGUAGUUGACGCUUUCUCACAGUUUCCAUUUGUGGUACAGCUUAAAACUAUCACCACUAUUGACACCAUAGCAGCUUUGUCAGCAGUUUUUUCAUUAGAAGGACUACCUGAAACUAUAGUUAGUGACAAUGGACCUCAGCUAACUUCCGACCAGUCCGCUGAAUAUUGUGCUCGUAAUGGCAUAAGUCAUGUUAAAACAGCACCAUUUCACCCAGCAUCAAAUGGGCUCGCGGAAAGGUUCGUACGUACAUUCAAAUCAUCCGUUCAAAAGAAUAUUGAUGAUGGGUUAUCGAUUAAAUUGACUUUGGUAAAGUAUCUAGCGACAUACCGAGCUAUUCCUAAUGCCAAAGGGAAGUCACCGGCAGAAUUGUUACAUGGGCGUGCGCCACGUACCGUGCUUACACUGUUAUCAGCACCACCAAACAACAAUAAACCCGUCACUCGUUCAACUAAAUUUUCGCCUAACGAAACCGUGUAUAUUAAACAUUAUGGUCGAGGUCCGAAGUGGGUAGAAGCAGUCAUUAUUAAAAACUUAGGAUGCAUGGUUUAUAUUGUGAAAACGUCCAACGGUUACGUGAGACGUCAUCAAAAUCAAAUAAAACACCGUUCAUCAACGUCAGCAGAAAACAACAGCAAAUAUAUAUUAUGA